AUGUCAGGCAUCUUGAGGCAGUCCAUCAACCUUGGCCGCCUCUAUAGGCCGUCCUGCCAAAUAUCGACCCGUGGUCGCUCACUAUCAACAAGACCUGCCUCUAUCCCGCGACCAAUCUACGCUUACCAACGCGUCCGCCGCUACGCCACCCAACCCGAAGAGCCUCGCGACAAGGAUGAAGCCAAGGACAAGACUCCCGGACAGUCCGCUCCUGGCAUGGAGCACCUUUACAACAAGGGCGGUCCUUUGACGAAUGAGAAGGCCGCCUCCUCAACCGAUUCUCCUCCCUCUGGCUUCACAAAGCUUACUGCCGAGGAAGAGAAGCAGCUCACCGACGUCUUCAACAAGAUCAAGAUGGGUAUGCCCGCUGCGAUGGCCGAGGAGGUAGAGAAGUCCUUCCAGAAGAUUCGUCAAGAUGGCAUUCCCCAAGAGCUUCGUGACACUAUGGACGAGGUUAAGCAGGGCAACAUGACUCCUGCAGUCGCUGCCCGCUUGUGGCGCCAGGUCUCUACCAUGGCUAGAAAGACUGCUGAGAGCGACAUGAAAGCCGAAGCCAAGCGCCCGGAGCAGAAGUCUGGCGCUCACGAUCCUGGAGCUGGAUCAAAGUCAAAGUCCAACAACAAGGGCGAAGAGAAGGAUGGUCAGCAGUUCAACGUCAAGGAUAUCAAGCUGGACAUGAACAGCAUCAUCCUUUCCGCAUUUACCUCAUACCUACUCUACCGUCUGGUCGUUCCUGGCGAGAACUCGCGCGAAAUCACAUGGCAAGAGCUGAGAAACACUUUCCUCGACAAGGGUCUCGUCGAGAGACUUGUCGUGGUUAACAACAACAAGGUUCGGGUACACGUUCACCAGCAAUCUGUCCAGGCAAUGUACCCAGAAAGUCCUGCCGCUCACGGAAACUUCUACUACUACUUCUCCAUCGGCUCUGUUGAAGCCUUCGAACGCAGACUCGACGACGCACAGGCUGAGCUUGGUAUUCCAUCGUCAGAAAGAAUCCCCGUUCAAUACAGUCGUGAGGUCUCUUGGGCCGAUACAGUGCUGAGCUUUGGUCCCACGCUACUCUUCAUCGGUGCCAUCUUCUGGAUCUCCAGAAGAGCUGCAUCUGGUGCUGGUGGUGGUGGUAGUGGUGGCAUCUUCGGCAUGGGCAAGAGCCGUGCUAAGAAGUUCAACCACGAGACUGAUGUCAAGGUAAAGUUCGCCGAUGUUGCUGGUAUGGAUGAGGCCAAGGUCGAGAUCAUGGAGUUUGUCAACUUCCUCAAGCAACCCGAGCGCUUCCAGAAGCUCGGUGCAAAGAUUCCCAGAGGUGCCAUUCUUUCUGGUCCUCCUGGUACUGGUAAGACUCUGCUCGCAAAGGCAACUGCUGGCGAGUCUGGCGUACCGUUCUUCAGUGUCAGUGGUUCCGAGUUCGUUGAGAUGUUUGUCGGUGUCGGUGCUUCAAGAGUGCGCGAUCUUUUCCAGAAUGCGAGAAAGAGCACACCUUGCAUCAUCUUCAUCGAUGAGAUUGAUGCUAUUGGAAAGUCAAGAUCAAAGCAAAACUUUGGUGGUGGCAAUGACGAGAGAGAGGCUACGCUUAACCAGAUUCUUACUGAGAUGGACGGUUUUGCUAGCACUGAACAGGUCAUUGUCCUUGCUGGUACCAACCGUGCAGACGUUCUGGAUCAGGCUCUUAUGCGUCCUGGCCGUUUCGACAGACACAUCUCAAUCGACAAGCCUACUAUGGAUGGACGUAAGCAGAUCUUUGCUGUCCACUUGAAGAACAUCGUCACAAAUGAGGAUAUUGAACAUCUCAAGGGUCGCUUGGCAGCACUUACCCCCGGUUUCUCUGGGGCUGACAUUGCCAACUGUGUCAAUGAGGCUGCUUUGAUCGCAGCUCGUGGAGGUGCUGAUACCGUCAAGAUGAUUCACUUUGAACAAGCUAUCGAGCGCGUUAUUGGCGGUCUCGAAAAGAAGUCACUGGUUCUAUCGCCUGAGGAGAAGCGCACAGUCGCAUACCAUGAAGCUGGCCACGCAAUCUGCGGAUGGUACUUCAAGUACGCCGACCCACUUCUCAAGGUCUCCAUCAUCCCCCGUGGUCAGGGAGCCCUUGGUUACGCCCAAUACCUUCCUUCAGGCGACACCUACCUUAUGUCUUACCUGCAACUUCUUGACCGUAUGGCCAUGACUCUUGCCGGUCGUGUGUCUGAGGAGAUUCACUUCGAGACCGUCACAUCGGGAGCAUCCGACGACUUCAACAAGGUUACUCGCAUGGCUACUGCCAUGGUCACCAAAUGGGGCAUGUCGAAGAAGGUUGGCUACCUCUACUUCGAGGACGACCCGAAUCAGCUUCAGAAGCCCUUCUCAGAGGAGACCGCCCGUAACAUCGAUAUGGAGGUAAAGCGCAUCGUCGAUGAAGCCUACAAGCAAUGUCGCGAUUUGCUCGAGGAGAAGAAGAAGGAGAUCGGUAUCGUUGCUGAGGAGCUUCUCAAGCUGGAGGUUCUGACGCGCGACGAUCUCGUCAGAUUGCUUGGCCAGAGACCUUUCGAGGACAAGGGCGAUUUCAGCAAGUACUUCGGCGGCCGUGGUGACCGUGAGGGCCCCGGUGCAGGUAUCCCUGGCAUCUCGGACAAGCCCGAUGCGCCCAUCCUUCCUCCCGGCUCGCAGAACCCUGCGCCUGUGGUGUUCAAGGAUUUGAACCAGUAA